CUUAGGGAGGAAUUGUAGCCUCCCCCAGCCUGAAGUGGGCUGGUGCAGACCUUGUCGCCACUGAGGUGGGGCCACAGGUGGUGUAGCUUUCAGACUUGGCUGGAUUCUUUUGUUGUGUCAACUGCCGCUGUGCUUCACUGGGAUCCUGCUGCCUGCUGAGACACCUUUGAGACAAUUCCCAUUGCACAGUGGUGUCUUCUUCGGGCUGGAUCCAGGCGCCUGGAUGGAUUGGUGGGGAGAUGGGCCUACCCCCUAUAUAAGCUUAGACUCUAAGUAAACUUUAAGGUGCCUUGAACAGAGUACUUUUGUCUUGGCGUCUUUAUUUCUCUCCCCGUCUAGUCUCUUUCAGGCCCAGCCUGCCUUUCAGGAGUACCCGGUUCAUGUAGGUCGCAGGUGGCUUACAACAACACUAAGGGAUCAAGAUUCCACUUCUGGCCUCCAAGAACACUAGGUGUACACAUAGUAUACACACAUACAUACAUACAUACAUACAUACACAUACACACAUACAUACAUACACAUACAUACAUAAAUACAUACACAUACAUACAUACAUAAAUACAUACACAUACAUACAUGCAUACAUACAUACAUACAUGCAGGUAAACCUGUACUGUACAAUGAAAGCAGGAAUCAAACUAGGCUGGAAGGUAAACUGCCACCCUCCCCUGCUUCUAGGGGUCUGAAAGAGCAAGAAACAGCACAGAUACAACAGGUUAAGGUGCAGCCAAGUGCCCCACCAGAGGGUUUGCUUGGGUCUUCACACAGGAACCUUCAGCCUUCCCAGUCUUUGUACAGCAUAUGCCUGCUAACAAUGGUGGACAGCCCUAUAAUGAACUGACCUGGCGACAGAUACAAAUGUCAGAUUUAAGGCCUUUUAUAGAGGCAAUAGUAAUGAUCAACUUAACAUUCUUCCUUUGUCAAAGAAAUGCUAAAUAACUGGGCUACAGAGCAUAGGGUUAUCCCACAAGGUUGGAAGGGACUGGUGUCAGCUGCUCCAGAAGCUGGUCAAUCACUGUGGUUGUCAGGGUGGAGGCACAAAGCCACAAAGCUAGCACAACAUAAUUCAGCAAGAGGAAAAAAUGCUACCAAAGAACAGCUGCUUGGUGAAGGGCAACAUCUUAUUGUAGUUUUAAGAGCCUGGGAUUUGGUUGAAGAAAUUAGGGAGAAAUCUACCUCAUUUAUUAAAAUAAUACAGGGUCCAGAGAAGCCUUCACAGAAUUCUUACAGAGGUUGAGUUCAGCUGUGAAUAGAGCCAUAACAGACCCCGAAAUCAGACAGUCAUUGAUAGAGACAUUGGCCUUGAAGAAUGCAAGCAAUGAAUGUAAGAGUAGACCACUGAAAGCACAAGGAGCACGUAUAGAUGAAUGGAUAAGAGAAACAACUGGUGUGGGUUCUCAGGAGUAUAAUGCCAAUAUCAUAGGGCAAAUUGUGCCUGAAAAUAUCAGGAAUCAAAAUGCUCGAUGUUUUAAUUGUGGUGAAUUUGGUCAUUUCCAAAGAAAUUGUAAGGCUAGAAGAUUCAGAGCUCACACAAUAACAGGUGCGAUGACUCUAGAGAAUACGGUAAUCGUAGGAGAGAGCAAGCAGGUUCUGGUGGCUGUGAGCCACAGAGGCUUCCAGGGUAUUGCAGCCUCUGUGGAAUGGGCAAACAUUGGUCAACGGUCUGCUGGUCUAAGGGAGACAUAAGAGGUAACCUCUUGCCAUCGGGAAACAAACAGAGGGGCCUGUCAUCUCAAGGCCCCACAGCAAGCAAUACGAGCCAUUUUUCUUUGGUCAUUCAGGAGGUGCCAAGCAGUCAGAAAAAUCAAAAUUAGGCAUUUCUGAUCUUAUGUAUGCUACAGAAAGAAGUGCUGAUUUGGCUCUAGCUACAGAUAUCCCUCUUACAUUAUCCACAAAAAUUGAAUGUUAUAAGUUACCCACUGAUGUAUUAUGGUCCCUUACCUCCAGGAACAGUGGGAAUAAUCUUGGGAAGAAGUGGAUUAACUUCUCAAGGAUUUAUUAUGCAUCCAGGUAUAAAUAGAUGGGAAUAGCAAGGAAGAAAUAAAAAUCAUGGCAUAUGAGAAAAAGGAGAUGCAAAUUGACUCAGGGGAUAGAAUUGCUCAACUGUUUUUCUUACAUUAAGGGCAAGGCUGCUUGCUCCAGUAGAAAGGACAGGAGUUUUGGGGAGUACUGGAAAAUGUGUGUUCUGGCAAACAAUGAUCAAUGAUCAGCAACCCAAAUUAAUGGUACAAAUGAAUGGUGGUGCCAUAGAAGGUUUGGUGGAUACAGAAGCUGAUGUUAGUAUACUGUGACAGUUUGUAUAUGCUUAGCCUAGUGAGUGACACUAUUAGAAGGUGUGGCCCUGUUGGAGUAGGUGUGGUCUUGUUAGAAUAGGUGUGUCACUGUGGGUGUGGGCUUCAAUACCCUCAUCCUAGCUGCCUGGAAGCCACUAUUCUGCUAGCAGCCUUCAGAUGAAGAUGUAGAACUCUCAGUUCCUCCUGCACCAUGCCUGCCUGGAUACUGCCAUGUUCCCACCUUGAUCAUAAUGGACUGAACCUCUGAACCUGUAAGCCAGCCUCAAUUAAAAGUUGUCCUUAUAAGAGUUGCCUUGGUCAUAGGGUUUGUUCAUAGCAAUAAAAUGUUAACUAAGACAUAUACUUUCCCAAAAGUUUUGGAAUCCAGAUUGGCCACUUCAGAAGGUUUACACACAAUUUAUAGGAAUCGGUAAGUUAUCACGAAUAAGACAAAGUGUCCAAUGGAUUACCUGUGUGAGACCAGAAGGGCAAACAGGUAAGUUGAGACCUUAUGUGGCUGAUCUACUCAUAAACUUAUGGGGAAGGGAUCUUUUACAACAGUGGGGUACUAAAAUAAAUAUUUCUGCAGUUCUAGGGACAGCAUAUGAGGAAGCCAGGUGUGAUAUGGGAGAUGUUCCUGGGGAAGGUAUUAAUACAGGUGAUCAAAAAAGUCAAAAGCUGUGCCCAUGAUCCAAAACAGGACAUCAUAGCAACUGAAUUUCCAAACUUAUAAAAGUGGACACUGCUGAUGCACCAACAACCUUGCCUCUAAAAUGGUUAUUAAACAGACUAGUAUGGCAGAUGGCCCACAACAAUAACAACAACAACAACAAAUUGCAGGCGCUUGGACAACUGGUAUAAGAGCAGCUGGAGGCUCAACAUGUAGAAGAGUCUACCAGCCCAUGGAAUUGUCCUUUGUGUUGUGAAAGAAAAGAAAUCAGGUAAAUGGAGGAUGAUAAAGGACUUAAGAGCAGUUAAUACGGUACAAUGAAGCAAAGAUCAGCAAAGACUUGAAACCAGCAAAGCAAUGCAAAGCUAGCUAUACACUAGUCACUGUGGGUUGACUCCUAUUUAUACUCUCUCCAAAUAUCACAUGGGUCUGCAUCACCUGACAUUUCCUUAAACUUCCACUUCAGGGUACACUACAGGAAUGCAGUCACAGGAUGGGCCAGAAUUUUCAACAGGAGGAAAACAAGCCACAUCUUGACAAAAGUAAAGGGAUGUCAGGAAAUCAUAAGCUACAGGACAGAACUCGGGAAUUAAAAAAAAAAAAAAGUGUGACACACACUAGGCUCUUGUAGAUGCAUAUUCAACCAUUUCAGAGAUCAUUUUGGCCCAACAGCCAUAGCACCUAUCAAGAAAUCAGAGAAGCCUAGGGGCUUCCUAUGCAAUGGAAACACCAGACAAAAGUAGGGUGACUGUAGAUAAGGACAGAGUCUACCCCCAGGAUGUGACACAAGUCCCCUUGGCUGGAGUCACAAAGGUACAAAGUUGCCUCACCUAUAGUGACUCUCCAAUUAAUCCCACACCACGGGGACACAAAAGCUAUGGGUGCCUCAAACGAAAAUACAAUCCACCCCACACGGAAGCCUUAACAGGGAGAGCCAAUCACAGUCACUGUUGCCCCCACCCUCACCUUACCUCUACCGAAAUUAGAAAAGGUCCACUGGGAAGCAGUCACACCUCAGUCGGUCACCUCACACGCUCCCAAAGUUAGGCAAAUGCUCACAAACACAAAAGCCCAGGGACCUCACACUCGAGGGACCUCACACUGGUAAAAAAAAAAAAAAAGCAUGGCACAAAACGGUCACACAGACUCCAGCCACACACACAAUGGAUGCGAUCAUACUCACCAAUCAAGGAAUCCUCUCUGCCUCCAUAUCCCCUAGACUACCACCCAGACACAUGAUAACAAUUCUACACAGCUCCGGAUCUCCCGGAGUCAGCUUCAUUGCACUGCACAGGAUGGUGCAUCCAAACCCUUGGCACCAAAGGCGUCUCAUUAUCCCUAAAGUUCUCCCCAAACCUGUCAGGAGUACCCUGCCCACUCCUUAAAAAAGGCUCCCAGGAGAGGGAAAUACAACGCCUGGAAAUGUCAGGGGCUGAAAGCUGUGGCCUGAACAACAGAUACAAAGUGUUCGGCUAUUCGUCGGAAUCGUGAGGAAAUCCCAGCGGUGAAAGACUUCAUAGACCUAGAUCAGGCUCCUCGACCCAGCACUAUCUCAGCACUGCGAGUUUCCAGGGAACCGAGGUAUUCUGGGAAAUGUAGUUCAAGGCCGUGCUGGUGACCGGAGGCGCAUGGCUCGAGUAGGCUGAGUCAUCCAAUCCCCAGGCGGAAAUCUGUCUAAGGAGGCUGUUCCGAAUUCGACUUCCUGCUGGAAGUUGGGGCCACAGACCGGAAUGUAGGACCCCAGCGCUAAGACCAACCCAGCAUUGGCAGUCUGACCAAGAGGAAGCCUCGUCCUGUAGGUGCAAGAGUACGCAAUGACAGCCCUGAGCGUGUGUGAGAGAAAGCAUAGGGAGGUUAGAUUGCAUGCGCGGCUGGAUCUGGGAGGAGUUGGACGGCAGAGAAACUGCGAGGUAAGGAAAAUGAGCGUGAGCAAGAGUUGGGCUCGAGCUGUGGCGCUUUGUGAGUGGAGCGAGCUGUUGUGGGGAGGAGACAUUGUAUGCGGAUCGAAUGGUUCUUGGGGAUUGGGUCUCGACUGGAUGGAUCCCUGUACAGGAGUGGCUGAGAUUAUAGAGAUAGCGGAAGCUUCCUAAAUCUCAUUUUCUUUUCAAAUUACGAUUAGUAAGUGCGGUCUUCUGGAGUGUCUGUGGGAGGGAAAAUGUAUAGCUGAUAAUAACUAAUUAGCAUUGUUAUUUUUCUGUAAGUUAAUUGUGCGGCGUAGGCAAUCUACAGGCAAUAUAGCCGACUUUUUAUUUUUAACACAGUGUUUUGUCAGUCGGGGUGGUUUUUUUUUGGGGGGGGGCGUUAUUAACGCUCAGGGUACCCCAAGCAGACAUCGUCCCUUCUCUAGAGAGUUCCUGAGGAGACACAGGUAAGGUUUGAUUUUGAGGCUGGCUUGCAAUUCUCUUUAUAACCAAGGUUGACCUGAACUCCAGAUCCUCUUGUCAAGUGGUUUCUGUUGGUUUGUUGUUUAGACAGGAUCUUGCUGUUUAGCCCUGGUCACCCUUCAGAGGCCGUCCUCCUGACUUUCAAGGUCUGGGAUAACAGGUGUGAACUACCAUGCCCUGCUCCAGAAGGUGAUAAACGGAAGUUUAUUACAGAGAGCAGCAUCACCAUGAUUAAAACAAGCUGCACACAGUACUUAAGAGCCAGUGGGACACAGCCAUAGAGGUGUGUGUCCAUAUCAGCCAGAGUCAGUGGACACAGCCACAGCGGUGUGUGUUCAUAUCAGCCAGAGUCAGUGGACACAGCCGCAGCGGUGUGUGUCCAUAUCAGCCAGAGUCAGUGGACACAGCCGCAGCGGUGUGUGUCCAUAUCAGCCAGAGUCAGUGGACACAGCCACAGCGGUUUGUGUCCAGAUCAGCCAGAGUCAGUGGACACAGCCGCAGCGGUGUGUGUCUAUAUCAGCCAGAGUCAGUGGACACGGCCACAGCGGUGUGUGUCCAUAGCAUCCAGAGUCAGUGGACACAGCCGCAACGGUGUGUGUCCAGAUCAGCCAGAUUUAGAAGGUAAAUGUCAUCUCAUUUCUUUAUCUGAAUUAAAUAGAAACCUCAGUACCAUAAGCCUGCCCCAUUCCCUUUCUGUUUUUGAGACAGGGCCUCUCUAUGUAGCCCUGACUAGCCUAGGACUUACUAUUUAAAUACAUACUCAUAGUGAACUCAAAGAUUCAUCUGCCAAUGCUGAUAUUUCAGUUGUGGGCCACCAUGCCUGGCAUGCAUGUAUAUAUGUACACAUAUAUGUAUACAUAUAUAUGUAUCUAUAUGUGUGUAUAUACACACACACACACACACACAUAUGGUAGCAUCAUUAAAGACCAAGCACAGUUGUCAAGUGGUAGUUUUUGUUUUUGAGAUAGGCUGUAGCUUACGCUGGUCUCAAACAGGAUACAUGUCAGUUCAGAGUCUAGGGCUGAACCCGGACCCUCCCAGCUCCACUCUCCAAGUGCUAGCUAGGGCUGUGGGGGAGCCCCAUCACACCCUUCCAGUGAGUUGGUAUUUGAUUUAAAAUUCAAGUCUUGCAUCAUCCACUCUCAGGUAGGGAGAUGAUAACUUCACUGAACUGGAUGCAGCCUAGUUGAGCAAGAGACUGCUGGACAGAACCAUGAAGGAGUUCUAAGCUCAGUAGCCGAAUGAGAACCAUGCCUGGCACAGAUGCCCAUUGAGGGGCUGACACCAUUGAAGUGCCUUCAAGACUUCCUCAUAAGCCUGGCUCUUAAGUUUUAGUUGAUAUGAACCAUCUUCCUCUACUGGAACUUAAGCAAGCAAACAGUCGGACGGAAUGGCAUCAGUAUACCAGAGAACAAGAACAACCGCGAGCAGGCACUUACAGCACAGCUGUAAGGAUAACUGAAAGGCAUGGAGAGAUGGCUGCUCUUGGAGAGGAGCUGGCUUUGAACCCCACUACCCUCAUGGUGUCUCACAACUGGCUGCAACCCCAGCUUCAGGGGAUCUGACGUCCAGACACAUUUAUUUAUUUAUUUAUUUUUAAAGAGCAUUUGGAGGAUGGGACUAAAGUAUUUCUGUUUGUCUGAGAGUGGAAGAGACACCAAACCUGAGUUCAAGGUAGGGUUUUCAUGGAUUUUUAGGCAAGACAGGGGUUUGGAUCAGGCACCAACUAAAACCUAUCCCUUUUCAUCUUUCAUCAUAAAGCAGGCAGGUACUAGUGUGAUCCGAGGUAGUGAUUCAGCCAGUUUGUUGUUGGAGUGUAGACCGUACAAACUCACCUCUGGUAUGAUGCUGUUUUACAACCCAUGUGUCUUGUCAUCUUUCUGAGGCCAGUUUCUCUGGCUCCCAGGCGGUGGACUACAUUUCCCAAGAGCCAUCCCACCCAUGGAUAUUUCUGGUCCAAAGAUAGCUAGUGGCAUCAUUUGCAUAGCUGGGAAAGAACUGUAUGUAGGUCUCAAUAUUGGCCAUCUCAAUGUGUCCUGAAAUUCCUGAAGCUCUUGUGAACAGAUGUUAGCUUUGUGUAUGGAGAAGGUCUAUGUCGAUGGAAAUACUGGAGUUUAAAGCCAGGGCCUUUAAAUUGACAGUUGUGGUGUAGUCUUUUGUUAAAGCUUAUGCAGAGACGGACUACAUUUCCCAGAGUGCACUGUGACCAAGCAACUUCCGGGGAGUUGUAUUCAACCCAAUUGGCUUCAAGCCUGAAGCCCUAGGAACGUCUAGGGUCUGUGGGGUUUAUUGAGUGCCAAUUUAAAGCUUGAAAUCAGAAUGGCCAUGAAAGCCGAGGUCAGGGGUGAAGGGCAUUUCUGUGUAGCGCAGAGUUCUGAAGAGAAAGUGGUGGUGUUCCCGGCUGGCAGCGUUGGAGUUAGUAUGCGAGCUUGGAGGAAGAAAACGGCCUUUGUUCUUGUCCACUUAAAUGGUCUGUGGAAAGCCAGCUGCCUCAUGGUUCUCUUUCCUGUGCGCUGUCUUCUCAGAAGCUGGCCUCAUCGACAUAGGAAUCAAGACGAGGACUGACUGGCCACUUUUAGGAGUUUCCAAUCAUGGCCCACGUAAUGACAUUCAGAGAUGUGGCCGUAGACUUCUCUCCAGAGGAGUGGGAGUGUCUGAGCCUGGACCAGAAGAGUUUAUACCGAGAUGUCAUGCUGGAGAACUACAGCCACCUUGUCUCAGUGGGGCUUUGCAUUUAUCAACCGCAUGGGUUCCCUGUGCCAGAGAAAGAGCAAGAUGCCUGCAUGGAUUUGGGCAAUGAGCCUAGCAGAUUUUGCCCAGAUACAGAUUCCCGGUGGCAGAUGAAGAAAGCCCUACGGACAAACAGCACGUGCGCAACUCGGUUGUCCCACUGGGAGGGAAUGGGAAUGGAGCCAAAGCACGGGCUUGCAGCCUCGUGUCCUGCAGCCGACUGGGAAGGCAAAGGUCAGGAGCCACCACAAAGUGAGAAUCAAGAGGAAACGCUCCAGCAAAUGACACUCGCUUGUGACAAACUGCCCCUUCUGAAUCUGCUCACAGCUCUUCAGUGUCCAAGACUGAAGCUAGCAGAGAAAACAAAGGAAGUCAAAUCGGAAAAAUCCUUUAGUUUUGCACCAGAGCCCGCUCAACUUCAGCUCAUUCACACAGGUGAGAAAUUUGAGGAAGAUAAAAAACGCGGAAAGACCUUCCCUCCUGGCCCUAAGCUUACUCGCUACCGAGCAGUUCAGGAUGGCAAGAAGGCAUUUCAGUGUGACGAGUGUGGCAAGGCUUUCAGCUUCCGUUCUAGCCUCACUGGUCACAAGAGAAUUCAUACUGGGGAGAAGCCGUUCACGUGUAAGGAGUGUGGGAAGGCCUUCAGAUUCCACUCACUGCUCAGUGUCCACGUUCGGACUCACACUGGCGAGAAGUCUUACGAGUGUAAGGCAUGUGGAAAGUUCUUUAACUACAGCUCAGACCUGACUCGACAUCACCGGAUCCACACGGGAGAAAAGCCCUAUCAGUGUAGGGAAUGUGGGAAAGCCUUCAGCUGUGGCUCAGACCUGACUCGGCACGAGAGGAUCCACACUGGCGAGAAGCCCUACGAGUGUAAUGAGUGUGGAAAGGCCUUUAUCCAGCAGUCACAUCUCAUUAAACAUCAGAGAAUCCACACAGGUGAAAAACCUUACGUAUGCAAGGAGUGUGGGAAAGCCUUCACGUGCGGGUCACAAUUAAGUCAACAUAGGAAGAUCCAUACUGGCGAUAAAUUGCAUAAAUGUAAAGAAUGUAAAAACUCCUUUAGUUUCGCCCUAGAUCAUACCCAGAGGCAGUUAAUUUACAUUGGUGAGAAGUUCUUUGAAGAUAAGGAGAACGGGGAGACCUUCUUUCCAGGCGCAGAGUUUCCGCAGUGUGAGACAGUUCACACCGGUAAGAAGCUGUACGAGUGUAAAGAGUGUGGCAAGGCUUUUAGUCUGCGCUCCAUCGUUAGUAGUCUUAAAAAAAUUCAUAACAGGGAAAAGCUUUUUAAAUGUAAGGACUGUGAAAAGGCCUUCCGUUGCCCCUCAGACCUCUCUCGACAUCAGAAGAUUCACACGGGCGAGAAGCCCUACAAGUGUAAGGAAUGUGGGAAGGGCUUUAUUUGCCGAUCCGACCUGGGCCGGCAUCAGAGAGUUCACACUGGUGUGAAGCCGUACGUGUGUAAGGAGUGUGGGAAAGCUUUCACUCGAGGGGCACACCUGACUCAGCAUCAGAAAAUUCAUAGUAAGAAAUCACACGAAUUCAAUGAAGGAGAGAAGGCCUUUAGUUCUGGUUUAGAAAACACUCCGCACUCCUUGAUCCCUACGGGCGAGAAACUCUGGGAACGUAAGGAAUACGGAGAGGCCGUCCUUCAUGACCCAGAGCGGACUCAACUCCAGGCUGCUAAGACAACGUAUGACUGUAAGGAGAAGGGCAAGGACUUUAGCUGGCAUUCACAUGAUACAGACCUCAAGGCAGUUCAUAUUCGGGAGAAACGUUUUCAAUGCAAGGAAUGCCCAAAGGCCUUUAGAUACAGCUCAGAACUGACCCGACAUCAGAGACUCCAUACUGGAGAAAAGCCGUAUAAAUGUCAGGAGUGCUGGAAGGCCUUUGCUUCUGCGUCAGACCUGGCCCGGCACCAGAGGAUUCACACUGGUGAGCGGCCCUACGAGUGCAAUGAGUGUGGGAAAGCCUUUAUUCAACAGUCACACCUCAUUAAACAUCAGAGAGUUCACAGUGCCGAGCAGCCCAAGGAUGUGAUGAGCGCAGAGAAGCCAUCGCUUGGCAGUCCGAUGCUAUUGAACAUGAGAGAGUUCACACUGGUCAACAAUCUUAUAAAUUUAAGGAGUGUUGGAAAGAUUCUGCUCAUGGCUCAGCUCAAUCCGUGUCAGAAGAUUUAUACUGAUAAGAAAUUAAGUUAAGGUGGAGGGCUUGGAAAAGCCUAUUUCUGGGUCUCAAAUCUUACCCAGCACUAGAGUGUCCACAUUGGUGGGAAAUCUACAGCAGAUCUGGGGAAGCCUUUAGUUGUAACUCAAGUCUCUGUCCAUGUCAGUCCGUGGGGUAGAGAAUCCUACAGUGUAAACAAUGUGGAGGCUUUCAUGGGUUCACAUCUUGCUCAAAGGGAGAAAAUUCAUGAGAGGAAACUGGAUAUAAGGAAUAUGGAAAGACCUUUCUUCAUGGUUCAAAAUUUAAUAGACACCUGGAAAAUCAUGCUGACUAAGAGAACUGAAUUCAAGGAAUUUGGAAACAUUUAUUCAUGAUUCUGCACUUAACUGAUAGUAAAUUCUCAAAAGGGACCUGAGAGAAUGUGGAAAUGCCCUUCAGGUUUGCAGCUGUGGGGAACAGGGCUUGGCAAGCAACCUGGCUAUCCCAGAGAGAUGGAAAAGUUUUCAUCUUGGACUUUCCUCUCAUGACAAGAAGUUCAUGCUGGCACCGAGCCCCACAAAUGUAUGAAGUGAUUUUAGUUACCAUGGCAGCUUGGGUCAACACCUGGAUAUAUAUACUUUUUCCUGUGGUAUGAAACCCUGAGCUGUGUGUGCUGAACACACUGUCUUGUUUCUCAGCUGCAUCCCCAGCCCUCACGUUUGAGGAAGCCCAUGAAGAUAAAUAUGUUGAAAUGUUUUUCUAAGAGCUUACACUUUUCACUGCUGUGUUAUCUUGCGACACAAAAAUAAGAAAAGCUAAUUUAUUUCUAACUCAUUGAGUUAAUUUCUUUUUUUUUUCCUUUUUUAUUUUUCUUUUCUUUCUUUUUUUUUUAACGAGCUUUUGGCAAAAUAACGUGUCUGUUGUCCAAAGUCAUGAUAUGAUUGCUGUUAGUUUAGGAAAAACUUUACUGGUGGGUUAUUUAUGUAUGGUGAGGAUUCCUUAUAAGAGAAGUGACAUAUGGCUCUAUCGUAGAGUAUUUGCAGUGACAUGUAAAAGUGCAACAUAUGUGAGACAUGAUUUUUAUAUGUGCAUUACAUACUUUCUCGGGAAACUUGGAAGUGCUUGUUUUUUAAUACAACAUAAAAAGUUCGAAAGAAUUUUUUAAAAAUUCAGAAUUGCAUUUUAAAAGUUCUGUGAGGGCUGGAGAGAUGGUUCAGUUGGUAGAGCACUUGUUUGGCAUGCACGAAGCCCUGGGUCUGUUCUCCAGCUGCAUAACCAGGCUUUGUGGUAUAUGCCGCAGAUUCUAGUACUCAGAAGUUCGGGGUCAUGAUUGGACUACCUAGUGAAUUCAAGGCCAGCCAGGAACUCAUGGGACUGUCUCAAAGGAAAAAGAAAAUCAUGUCCCACUAAGGUUACCAGAGAUCCAUAAUAUAUAUUUAUAUAACGUGUAUAUCCUGUGGGAGAGUAGAAAAUCCUGUGGAGAAUCUGUAGGCUUACUUAGCAUAAUUCUUGUAUUGGAAAAGUUUCUGUUAUAAAGUAAAUGAAAAGUUACAGAAGAGGUGAGCCUAACAUUACAUACAGAGAUGGUGCUGCUGGCUUCUUGUUUGAGUGUUUCGUAGGGUGGAUGGCAGUUCUGAAUGGUAGAGAUGUGUGUUUAGUUCAGUCCUGAGUGUCAUACAAGUGCAGUCCCUGGUACCUCUCUUAGUACUAUGUGUUACGCAGUUGUGGGUAAGUGUGCAUACAGGGCAGUUAGGUGUGUCUCCUGUGCAUGUCAUUCUGAAAUUAUUGUCAUCUAUGAACUUUACCACAUGGGAAUUUCAUCAUAUAUCUCUACUGUAAUAAAGCCAUAUUCAUUCAUGCUGACCA